AUGGCAAGUUUGAACUGGAGUUAUCAAGGCAACAAUGGACCUGACCACUGGCACAAGUUAUACCCUAUUGCUAAUGGAGACCGUCAAUCUCCUAUUGAUAUUAAAACCAAGGAAGUCAAAAAAGAUGCAUCACUGGGACUUCUCCAGAUCACUUGGAAACCUUCCACAUGCAAAGAGAUUGUCAAUGUUUGACAUUCUUUCCAUGUGAAUUUUGAGGAUAAGGACAAUCAAUCAGUGCUGACAGGUGGACCUCUCACUGGAACAUACAGACUGCAGCAGUUUCACUUCCAUUGGGGCCAAACAGAUGAACAAGGCUCGGAGCACACAGUGGAUGGAAGAAAAUAUGCCUCAGAGCUUCAUCUCCUUCACUGGAACACGGACAAGUAUUCGAAUAUAGCUGAGGCUUUCGACAAGCUGGAUGGUUUGGCAAUUGUCACUGUUUUCCUGAAGCUUGGCUUAUGCAAUGAAAACCUGAAGGGUGUCUUGAAGGCCUUGGAUUCAGUAAAGACUAAGGGUAAGCAAGCUCCCUUUUCUGAUUUUGAUCCCUCAAGCCUACUGCCUAAAUCCAUGGAUUACUGGACCUACAGUGGCUCUCUGACUCAUCCUCCCCUCCAUGAGAGUGUCAUCUGGAUUAUCCUUAAAGACCCAAUUACUAUCAGCUCAGAACAGCUGGCACAAUUCCGCACAAUCCUGUCUUCUGCUGAAGGGGAAGCACCUUGUCCCAUAUUGAGCAAUCACCGGCAACCCCAACCGCUGAAAGGCAGAGUGGUAAUUGAUACCUUCUUAAUGAGCGAUCCCGAAACCACACCAGUUGUCUCUGCCUUAGUGCAGCAACUGCAUCGUCCCUUUAACUGCUGUGAACAGGAAGAUAAUAAUUUUCACUCCUCUCAGUUCUCCAGAAGAAAAUCUGAUGGUGCUUGUGAGAAACAUGAGAACAGAGACACAGCUCUAUCAGUUUGA